UGUGAUUUUGUUGUCUGCAGUCGGAAUUCCUUCAAUUAAAUGGUGUGGUGCAGAAGGAGAUUAUAAUGUGAUGGUCAUGGAGCUGCUCGGUCCCAGUCUCGAGGAUCUGUUCAAUUUCUGUUCGCGCAAGUUCAGCCUAAAGACUGUGCUUCUCCUUGCAGACCAGAUGAUCAGUCGAAUUGAGUACAUUCAUUCCAAGAACUUCAUCCACCGUGAUGUUAAGCCAGACAACUUCCUCAUGGGCUUGGGCAAAAAGGGGAACCUGGUUUAUAUCAUCGACUUUGGCCUGGCCAAAAAAUAUCGCGAUGCACGGACUCACCAGCAUAUCCCUUAUCGGGAAAACAAAAACCUGACGGGCACAGCUCGGUACGCCUCCAUCAACACCCAUCUGGGCAUUGAACAAAGUCGCCGUGAUGACCUGGAGUCACUGGGUUACGUCCUGAUGUAUUUUAACUUGGGCUCGUUGCCAUGGCAGGGACUGAAAGCAGCGACAAAACGGCAGAAGUACGAGCGCAUCAGUGAGAAAAAGAUGUCAACUCCAAUCGAAGUUUUGUGCAAGAGCUAUCCGUCUGAGUUUUCUACCUACCUGAACUUCUGUCGCUCCUUGCGUUUUGAUGACAAGCCUGAUUAUUCGUACCUGCGCCAGCUUUUCAGGAAUCUUUUCCACCGACAGGGCUUCUCAUACGACUACGUCUUUGAUUGGAACAUGCUGAAGUUUGGCGCAGGUCGUACCCCAGAGGAAAGUGAGCGUGAGCGCAGAGAGCACGAGCGGGAAGAGCGCGUGGUGCAGACGCGCAGCUCGGCAACACGAGCUCUCCCACCCGGAACGGGAGCCGGUGCAGUUGGCAACCGGUUACGAAAUGGACAAGACACAGUCCUCCCUACACAGGCCACUCGUGCCCAGCAGUCUGCAAAUACCUCACCAAGGCCCAUAUCCCGAGCCGAACGAGAGCGCAAGGUUAGCAUGAGGCUGCAUAGAGGUGCUCCAGCCAACGUUUCGUCCUCAGACCUUACAGCACGGCAGGAUGUGUCACGCAUUUCGGUAUCACAGACCAGCAUGCCCUUUGAACAUCUGGCAAAGUGACUAAUAUCCUUAGAGGAGCAGCUCGAUGAACUGGGGUGGAAGAGGUUUCCGUUUGGCAUAAUCGCAGGUUAGUAGGUUUGUGGAGCUGUAGAUGCUAGUUGCACAGUACAUUACUAAUUAAGACAUACUGGGAUGUUUAUGUGUUACAUACUGCCAUUGCCAAGUUGUACACUUCAGGAUUUUGGGGUGUCUUUGUGCAGAUGUCUCUCCUUUGGCCUGUAACCAUGUUCUGUAUCUCUUUAUUGCCCUUCAUACGCUAACGAGUCCUUCUCUUUCUGUGGGGGGAGUGCACUGACACAUUUCUUCCAAUGUGGAGUAAACGAUUUGUCAAACAGUAAACUAUUAGCUUGAUGUACCCCUGACUUCAGGUACAAGCUCUCCACUUGAUGAGGUGACCUUAAGAUUAUUGGCUUUCGCCUCUGUUGAGUGUAUGUUCCUCAUUGCCAUUGAACAGAAUUAGUGACUGUUGCUUGCAUUUGUACAUUUGCUCUUUGGCUCAGCAGAUGAUGGUUGGUUAGCACUGGGAGGAGCUGAGUAUGCUUUUUAAAUUCUCAAUCUCUAAUCGCUCCAAAGGAUGCAUUGAACCUCUGACCUUUUAUCCAAACACCUUGAAGAAAGAACAAAUUUUGAAAAUUUGCCAAAGGUAUAAUUUAAUCCGUCAGUGAUAACAGAAGGUCCGACACCCAGAGGGAAAUGCAUGUUGCACACUGGAGAGACUGUGUCGGGGAGCAAACACUCCUAAACCUUGCAAUCUAGGGCUUCUGAUAAUAAAGCAGCAAUGACUCCACUUUGCAAAUUAUUCACUGCAAUGCUACCCACGCUGUCAAGUGUUUAACUUGAUCCUUCUGGCUGCAGCAUGCAAUUUGCAAUCUAGGACAGAAACCGGAUAUUAAUCACAGCUGCUUCCUGAGGUGCAACUGCACUUGUGCAGCAUAAGCACCACAUUUUCCAAAAGUCCUGUGGGACUGGUGUGUGUGUAACUGUUCAGAUCUGUACAGUGUACUUAAGUGCUACAAGCUGAGCUUGGUUCCAUAAUUUUUCCCACAAGUUUUUGUGGGAUUUUCCCUCCAUUUAGUGUAGAUGGAAGUUAUUGUGGUUAGUCAGUGGAACAGCAGAGACCAAGACCAAGAUGGAGUUCAAUCUGGAGAAGUGUGAGGUGGUACACUUUGGAAGGACAAACUCCAAGGCAGAGUACAAAGUAAAUGGCAGGAUACUUGGUAGUGUGGAGGAGCAGAGAGAUCUGGGGGUACAUGUCCACAGAUCCCUGAAAGUUGCCUCACAGGUAGAUAGGGUAGUUAAGAAAGCUUAUGGGGUGUUAGCUUUCAUAAGUUGAGGGAUAGAGUUUAAGAGACGCAAUGUAAUGAUGCAGCUCUAUAAAACUCUAAUUAGGCCACACUUGGAGUACUGUGUCCAGUUCUGGUCGCCUCACUAUAGGAAGGAUGUGGAAGCAUUGGAAAGGGUACAAAGGAGAUUUACCAGGAUGCUGCCUGGUUUAGAGAGUAUGGAUUAUGAUCAGAGAUUAUGGGAGCUAGGGCUUUACUCUUUGGAGAGAAGGAGGAUAAGAGGAGACAUGAUAGAGGUGUACAAGAUAUUAAGAGGAAUAGACAGAGUAGACAGCCAGCACCUCUUCCCCAGGGCACCACUGCUCAGUACAAGAGGACAUGGCUUUAAGGUAAGGGGAGGGAAGUUCAAGGGGGAUAUUAGAGGAAGGUUUUUCACUCCGAGAGUGGUUGGUGCGUGGAAUGCACUGCCUGAGUCAGUGGUGGAGGCAGAUACACCAGUGAAGUUUAAGAGACUACUAGACAGGUAUAUGGAGGAAUUUAAGGAGGGGGGUUAUAUGGGAGGCAGGGUUUGAGGGUCGGCACAAUAUUGUGGGCCGAAGGGCCUGUAAUGUGCUGUACUGUUCUAUGUUCUAAGACGGGAGAUCUUGGUGGCCACUUUAUUAGGUACACAUGUACACCUUAAUGCAAGUAUCUAAUAAGCCAAUCAUGUGGCAGCAACUCAACACAUAAAAACAUGGUCAAGAGGUUCAGUUGUUGUUCAGACCAAAUAUCUCAAUAGGGGUUGGGAGGAAGAAAGAGUGAUCUAAGUGACUUUGACCAUGGAAUGAUUGUUGGUGUCAGACAGGGUGGUUUGAGUAUUGCAAACUGGGAUUUUCAUGCACAGCAGUCUCAGAGAAUGGUGAGAGAAACAAAAAAAAGUCUGGUAAGUUUUCUGUGGGCAAAAUUUCCUUGUUAAUGAGAGAGGUCAGAGGAGAAUGGCCAAACUGAUUCAAGCUGACAGGAAGGUGACUAACUCGAAAUGACCAUGUUGCAUCAGUGGUGUGCAGAAGAGCGUCUCAGAACGUAACACGUUGAACCUUGAAGUGGACGGGCUACAGCAGCAGAAGACCACGAAUAUAUACACUCAGUGGCCAGUUUAUUAGGUACAGGAGGUGGCUAAUAUAGUGGCCACUGAGUGUAUGUUGGAGUUGUACAUUCACUGUAUGCAGUUGCCAUUUCUAUACUGAUACUUGGCCAACAAGUGCAGUUCAAGGGUUCUCGGUUUGUGAACUAAAACAUGGCUUUGUUGUGUUGCACCUUUGGGAUUUUCCCCCCCCCCCCCCCUCUAGAGUGCAAGAGGCUGAGGAAUGACCUUGCAGAGUCUAAACUCAUGGGGGAUAAUAUCCUUUCUCCCCAGAAAGGGGAAGUUUAACACUAGAGGACACGAGAGGGGAGCAGUUUAAAAGGGACCUACUUUGAUACAAUGGUUUUCUCAGGUGAUGCUAUGUCUUAGUUUGGAGAAAAUCAGAAGUCGAACUUUUGAUCCUCGAUUUGAUUUUGAGGAAAGGUGGGGUUCAUUUGCCCGCUAUAGCACUUUAUUUCUUUUUAUUAUUGAUAUAUUGUUUAGCUUUGUUAAUCAGUUAUUUGCUAAUUUAAUUCAUUGUACAUAAUGACAUAUUGACUUAAUGUAUCUUUUUUUUGUUGAUCUUCAAUAAUAAUUAAUAAAAAGAUUUUAAAAUGAAAAUAAAAGGGACCUGAGGUUUUCAUGCACGUUGCCAGAGAAAGUGGUAGAGGCAGGUACAAUUGCAGCUUUAAACAGGUACGUGGACGGAGGUGGUGUAGAGGGUACGUGCCAAGUAUAGACAAAUGGCGCUGGCUCAGAGGACCAGAUUGGUUAGCAGACACGUGUGGGGCCAUAAAGCCGUGUUUCUGUGUAGUGGUGCUCUGUCCCUAAUGAUGAUCUCCUUUUUCCUCCCAGGUUCCUUCGCUGACCUUUGCCAAUAAUAGGACAACUUUUCCAACACUGACCACUGCAAACAGAUUUUCAGGGAGGAUAUUGGAACAAGGCUCUUGACCCAGUAUUUUACUUGUGUGAGAAUUGGGAAUGCAGGACUUCAAUUUCAGUUUGAACAUACUUGCAAUUAUCUUGUCAAUCACCUCAGAUUUACUAUAUACAGUUUUAUUUUCUCCCCCCCCCCCAUUUGUUUGGAGUUUUCUUUAUCCAGAAGAAAACCCCGGAUUUCACCUUGACUGGCCCUUCCACCCCUGCAAAAGGAAGCUUGGCCUCCAGUCUACAAGUAGUCAAGGGCUUCGAGCUUGCCCCUCUUAUAAUGGUGGCCAGAUACCAUCGUCCUGCCUUCUCCAUCUUUCUGCUGACGGUGUGAUGGCUUCCCAAGACUUUAUUAAAGAUGAGAGGUGAGAGGAAGAGGAAAACACAGAUUUGAAAAAAAAAAUCUUUUGUAACCUACAGUAGUCCUGAUUUCUGAAAUGCCAAGAAUGCUCAUAAUAGUUCUUAAAAGGAAAAUGGGCAUUCCUAGAGCAGCUGAAUUUAAAUGGGUGAACCUAGCACUCAAUGCAAUUGUUGGCUGCAAUAGACUUCAUUGUGUGGCAUGAUGUCAGUAAAAUUUGGGUUUACCCCUACCCCUUUCAUUUACAAGUUACAUUUGUAGGUUCCUGUAAAUAAUGCAUUUCUUUUAGGACCUCCUUUCCAGAAAGAACCUUCCCUCUGAAUAAUAUUCACUCUGUCACUCCUUGUAAGUAUUGAAACUUCGUUUUUUUUAAUCUGUAUCCAGGGUGAUAAAACUUAAUAUUUUUAAAAGUAUAUAUAAAAUCAGUUGUGAUUUUUUUUUAAGCAGCACUUGGUGCACAAAAGGGGAAAGAAAAAUCUCUUACUCAUCAAACACUCAUUAAAAUGGGUUUGUUAAAUCAGAGCUGCUUGUCCUUUUCAUGUCAACUAUAUCUUGUAUUUGUGUGUUGCCAAGACCAGUGACUUGGGACUGCAUUGGGCUAAUUUCUGAAAAAGUAUGGAUUUAUUUUUUUCAUUCAUUUUUUAAAGUGUUCUGUUGUCUUUCCUUCUAGAAAGGAUCAGAGGUGUGAGGGACAUGAGACCUACUAAUCCAGAUAUAAAGCAUCAGUGCCCUGUUCUUCCCCAUGCCCCCUUAAGCCCCUCUUUUAUUCCCCUCAUUCAUGAUUUUAGAGGUUACAAAAGCUUUCUGUAGCAGUGUUUUAGAAAGAGAGCCAGCUGGGAGUUGAUUUUUCUUCUCUCUUCAAGUGUCUUUUUGGCCCCACACAUGUCUGCAUUACUGUUGGGUGAAUCUGACUAUGACAGAUUAUCUGAAAUACAUAUUCAAAACAAACUGGCGAGCCUUUUCUCUUAUCCUGCCAGUCGUUCAUAACUGUAGAGCUAGACACUCAACUGCCCAAGGGCACCACUAAGCAAAAAAAAAAACCUGCAAGGGCAAAGUCGCUUCACAUCACUAAAAGUCAUCUGGGAAUCUAUUGGUGGAGCUGUAAAUGUAGCCUUGACUGCUUAAAUCUCACUUGCCACUCCCAUGUUUGUUGCCAACGUCACAUAAAUGGCUCACUCUUGGAACUUGUGCCUUUUUUGCCCCCCUCCCCCCAAAAGAUAGUGGAUGAGUCCUCCUUUUUUAAAAUGGCUUUUCAGCUUUGACAGCCAUUUCCUAUGGACACUAACCGUUUGAAAGUGUGGCUGAUGAUCGUUUUUAAACAGUUGCCUGCACGGUACUAAUAAGUAAAUAUAAAGACCAGUUUCAGCAGAAGGUGGAGUGCAGUGAUGAGUGAGGAGAAGGAAACAAGGAAACCUGCCAAAAUUCACAAAAGUAAGUUCUCUUUGAUGCAGUUGAGGGUCUUUACUUACCUGAUCUUAUUCAAAGGAAUGCAUCAUGCUUCUGUUUGGCAAGGUGAAAUUUAGGGAAAAAUGCAGUCAUUUACUCCAGUUUUCCAGUCCAGGUAUAAGUGUGUCAAUAACCACUUUGUGCGUGCUUUCUUAGUGUUCUGUGAAAUCCUUGUGAGUUUGGCAGCCAGAAGCCCAAAAGGCAUUUUCUAAUACUGUCUGAUUCUGGCCACCAGCACCUCUCUGUCUGUAGAUAUGGACUGCCACCAUUUUCUUGUGGAAGCCUUUGGCUAGCCCACGUUCCCCUCCCUUAAUAACUUGUGUCAAAGCUCUGGGUUUAUCUGCAGGCAAGCAAAGUUGAAAGUGGCAAACGUUGUGUGCUAUCUGAACAUGCUUGCUUGAAAUCAAAAAGCGUCUAUUGGGGUUGGGCAGAUAAUGGGAAAAAAAAUGACCUCCUUUUGACCUAUUUUUGCAGUAAAGUCCAUCAAAACUUAGGGUCCUCUUUUAUACCCAGCCACCUUUUAAAGCAAUCUACACUAAGCAAAAAGAAAAAUCAAUACGAUUGCAUCUUUGUUUACAGGUUGGUGUGCUUUUUCAUUUUUGUUUCUCCCAUGUUCUGCAACCUCACCCAAGUUGCCCAACACCAAAGUUAUUUGGCUUUUGCCAACCCAGGGUCUGAGGUGCGAAUUUGACUGGUGGGGUACAUCCACAAAAGGAGCUCAGGGAAAAGAAAAGAUUAGACAAGUUUAGUUUGGAGGGGGCAAGUCCGAUGCUUGCGAUGUGAAAGCAAAAAAAUAUAGAUUAGUCUCAAAAUUCUCAACUGCUAUCCUUGCCCCUACUGUUUGGCAGCCCGUUGCCUCCUCUUCUCAAAUAUAUAAUCAAAAGGCAUUUUCUUCAGUCCUGUAAACUCUGUUAGGUUAACUCUUCAUUGAUGCUAACAGCCCCCUUAAAUGAUAUGGUUUUGUAUUUAAUACACAUUAAGUUAUUUCCCUGUGUAUUUUUUUAACAUUGGUAUUUCAUGAAUAACUUUUUUGAGAUUUUUUUUGUAUUUGUGUAAAUAGUAAAUUUUUGAUUGUAAAGUGAAAACUGUUGCUUCUUAGUACUGAUGUUGAACAGUGUAACAUAGUUUUAAUUUGUGCACAGAGUGCGGGUGGUUAGCUGGGAAUUCUCCCUAUAUACGUUCACUUAUUGGUGGACUAUAACUAAAUUCAGUCUCCAGUACAUUCUGAAUUUUUGUCCCUUCACUCUGAAGGAGCAGUGUUAAAUCCAACCAGAUUUCAGGGGAUGUUCUCUCUGGUGGACUGGUUAAUGAGUGUUUUUUUUUGUUUAAAGCUUUCUUACUGAAUCUUGUAUCCAAAUUCAGAUCUGACAAAGGUCAAACAACUCCAAUCUGUCUUUGCCAAGAUCUGCUACCACUAGACAUUAACUGCUUCCCUCAGAAAAGCAGUUUUGUGCUCUGGUAUCUUGAAGAUUAAAAUGGCAUUGACACCUGGAUCCAGUUUUUGCAAGGCAGCUUUCUUGCUGUUUGUGUUACUGACGAUUAACACCAGGCAUGGUGCCUGUAUUGGUCCAAGUAAGAGGAGAGUAAUGGCAAAACAAGUCCAUGUUGUGUAUGUAUUUAUUGCAAAUUGUCUUCUGAAUGUGUGUGUGUACGUGUCUGUACUUUGGCUAUUGGCAAGACAUUAAGAGAAUUAAUGAGUAGUGACUUCAAGACUUCUUGCUUGGUUCAUUUACAAUCACUCCCCAAACUUGAGCCCAUUUGCAGCAUGUGAUUGUUCCUGCCUGAUCUGACACAGCCUGACUAGUUAGGUGCCAAGCAAGACUAGAAAUCCUGUUUGUAAUUUGAAAUGGAGCAAUACACUUCAUCAGUAAUACAAAAUGACUUAACUGUUUGAGGGGAGCAUACCAGUUUUUAAACGCUGGGUAUAAUACAAUAUCUGCAAUAAAGGAACUCAUGUAAACGUCCUGUAACGUUGUUAGUUUGACAAUUUGUGUUACUGGCAGUAAUUUUCUUGGCUUCCCCAUGGGGGUUGAGUCUACCCAGUCUUUGGGAAACACCAAAAUGUAAACUUGGCUGAAAUGUAGAAUGGUUUGACGUACCCUCGCACCACCCGAUGUUUUUUUUUAAAGAAAAGUGCUCUCUGGCCUACUGUCUCGAUGUCUAAUGUACAGUUCUCUAUUCCUGAUUACUAUUUAACAUUAUUUACAAUGCAAUUUAAUAUGGUUGUCAUUUGUGUACAUUUUAAACCUUAUAAAUAAAAGGGAGAGGAGUUAAGCUCUU